AUGGGUUCGGGCGCCAGCAAACCGAAGGAAGACGUUCCAAAUCAGAAAAAGAUUCCGUCUUCGAAGCUACAUCCGAAGGAUAAGUCAGUCACAAAUUCAAAAUCGAAAAACAGUUCACCAAAGAAAAUGGAUUUAUCGCCGUCAAAAACUAGCAAUAGGAUACACGAUAAACAAGAUCUAGUGUGGAGUCCCAGCAUCGACUCUGAUCUUGAACAGGAUGGCGAAGAUUUACAGGCGUUGCAAGGCGAACUUGACCAAGUCCUGGUCGGACAUCAAAGAGCGCUAUCCAGAAAUCAGACAGGGAAUCCUCCUGUAUUCAACCCACGGUAUAAAUCCGACUGGCAAAUGCCCGCGGAUUUGGCCAGGCAAGAACAGGAAUUAUUAAACGUCUACAACAGUACUAAACACGGCACGCGAAAUAGAGUAGCCGUGUCGCCGAGACAAAAUGGAGACAACCUUCUUAUAGGCAGGGAGCCACAUAACGGGGAUUACGAUGCGAGGUCGCCACAGCCCGGAGCGACGGAGUGGGACUUUGACUGUACUCCGGUACAAAAUGGGUUUGAUCCAAUCAAAUUCAAGGCUGCUAAUAUGAAAAAGGACACUAGCGAAGAGAAGGUAAAUGUAGAAGAAAAGAUCACUUACACAACUUUAAAAGAAGAAAACAAAGGUGCUCUCACGGUGACAAGUCCACUUCCGCCGUCCAGAAACUCGAAAAGAUCCAUUCACUAUGAUGUCUCCGAAGAGGAGCUGAUGGCCAGCAUUGAGCAGCAGUUUGACCUUUGA